AUGAAGGCAGUACUGGUGUGUGUCUGUGUGCUGGGGCUGGUGUGGCAGGGCUACGCGGCGCAGUACCACGAGCGCGUCGGCAUACCGAUGGCGCGCCAGAUUGGGCUCCAAGAAUCCAUGCGCAUUGCUGGCGGCCUCGCCUCUUAUAACGGGGAACAUCCAUUCUUUGCGGGACUGAUAAUCACAUUGAAAACCGGAAUAACCUCGAUUUGUGGAGGAACCCUGCUGAGCCAUUACCACGUCGUCACCAUUGGUCAGUGCUGGUACGACGGGGAGAAUGAAGGCCGAGAGAUCCAGGUAGUGCUAGGCACUGUGACCCUCUUCAGCGGAGGCACCAGGAAGACGGCGGAGACUGUGACCCUGCACCCUGAGUUUAACCCUUUCACCCUCGCCAACGACAUCGCCAUGAUAGUCAUACCAUACGUUUCCUUCAGCACCUACAUCGCUCCUAUAGUUAUACCAGUCGGAUAUUUCAGCACAUUUGCAGGCUACACUGCUGAAAUUAUAGGUUACGGGAGAACAUCUCCGGAUGCUCCACUGGGAGGGAACUCCAGCUUGAACGAUGUGUACGUGAAGGUGAUGAACAACACGGAGUGUAACCGGAUAUACGGAGACGUGGUGACCAGCGACAUGAUGUGCACCAGCGGAGCCGGCGGGAAGGGAGCCUGCGCCGGCGACUACGGCGGCCCGCUGGUGCUGCGCCGGUACAUCGGAGCUUCAGGCCAGGAUAUGCUGGUGGGACUGGUAUCGUUCACGGCUGCGGCUGGCUGCAACGCCGGCUACCCGACUGGGUAUACCCGCAUCACCUCACACCUGCGCUGGAUCAAAAAAUACGUGUAA